GCUCGUGGCACUGCAGGGUCACGUGGUCCUGGCGGUGAGCCAGCAGUACGUUGCCAUUGGCGACCAUCAGGUGACUCUGGCGGACGGAGACGAGGUGGCUGUGGUGCCGCCGCUCAGCGGAGGAUAGAAGAAGAGCAGACGACAUGUCCGAGGAGCCCAGGGACGUCUUCAGACUGAGCUGUGAUUGGCUGUCUGUACAGGAAGUGGUGGACUCUGUCAGCAGCUCCUCCUGUGGAGCCGUCUCCUUGUUUAUAGGUACAACUCGAGAAGACCAGGUGGACGGCAGGAAGGUGAUUGGUCUGGAGUAUGAGGCGUAUGAGCCCAUGGCCCAAUCAGAGUUCUCCAAGCUGUGUGGGAACAUGAGAGCACGUUGGCCCAGUCUGCUCCACAUCUGCAUCCACCACCGCCUGGGGUGGGUGAAGGUUGGCGAGGCCAGCAUUGUCAUGGCAAUUUCAUCUCCGCACCGCCAUGACGGUCAGCAGGCCGUCCAGUACUGCGUCAGCCAGCUGAAGGCUCACGUCCCCAUCUGGAAGAAGGAAGUGUAUGACACCCAGGUGGCAAGCUGGAAGGAGAACGCCGAGUGUUGGUGGUCAGAGAGGAGCUGCUCAGAGUCUGAAAUGAAAGAAAACUGAGAUGUUGAGUUUUUCUGGUUGUUUGUCCAGGUUGAAAACCCUGAACCCUCCUGAAGCUGGGAAUUAAAUCUGAAACAAACUGUGA